CCCGCUUCCUUGCUUGGAUCCCCUCCCCUCCCCACGCCCCUUCCUCCUUCCUUCUCUUCUCUGAUAAGUGACUGAGUGAUUCCUCCGUGUUGUUCGCAUACAAAAGAACUCUCUUUCGCCGCAGACGCAUCUCGCUCUUGACGUUCUACAAUACUCUUCUCUCUCCAUUUCGACUUACUUCUCCUCCCUCUGUGAUACCCCCAUCCUCUCAUCUCCAAUUACUGUAGACCGCAAUCAUGGCCGACGUCAAGCAGACCACCCGUACCUUCACCCUCAACACGGGCGACAAGAUCCCCGCCAUCGGUCUGGGCACCUGGCAGUCCAAGCCGAACGAGGUCAAGCUCGCCGUCGAGGCCGCCCUGAAGAACGGCUACCGUCACAUCGACACCGCCUUCGCCUACGGCAAUGAGAAGGAGGUUGGUGACGGCAUCAAGGCCUCGGGCGUGCCCCGCGAGGACAUCUGGCUUACCACCAAGCUCGACAACCCUUGGCAUAAGCGCGUCCCGGAGGCCAUUGCCAAGUCCCUUGAGAACCUCCAGACCGACUACGUCGACCUCUACCUCAUGCACUGGCCUUCCAGCACCGACCCCGACGACCUGAAGAAGCACUACCCCGACUGGGACUUCGUCGACACCUGGCGCGAGCUGCAGAAGCUCGUCGGCACCGGCAAGGUCAGGAACAUUGGUGUCUCCAACUUUGGCCUCACCCACCUCGAGCGCCUCCUCAAAGACCCCCAGACCAAGGUCGUUCCCGCGGUGAACCAGAUCGAGCUCCACCCUUGCAACCCUUCCCCCAAGCUCCUCGACUACUGCAAGUCCAAGGGCAUCCACGCCACUGCCUACUCGUGCCUCGGCAGCACCGACUCGCCCCUCUACACCAACCAGACCCUGCUUGAAAUCGCAAAGGCCAAGGGUCGCACUCCCCAGCAGGUCCUCCUCCAGUGGGGCCUCGCCAGAGAUGUUAGCGUCAUCCCCAAGUCCGUCUCUGAGGGCCGCAUUAAGGCCAACUACGACCUCGACGGCUGGUCCCUGACCGACGACGAGAUCAGCAAGAUCUCGGCUAUCCCCGACCGCUUCAAGGUCUGCGACGGCACCUUCCUUCCGGAUGGCGUCAAGGUCUUUUUCGGUGAUGAUGAGUAAACGUGCGGGUCAGAUAGACAGGACGGUGUGGUUGUGACCAGGUAGAAACUCAUAUAAUGAGUAUGAGAAAUGGACAAGUUAAAAGAAAAAAGGGAGUAAAACAGCGCUACGGCGUGACAAAUUGCUGCGAUAGGCGGCAGCUCGGGCUCAAAAGUCCCCAUAUACGAAACGAAUAAAUGACGUUCAAAUUUAAUUUUUUU